AUUGAACUUAAAUUGGUACAAAAUCUGAUAAAGAUAAUGUAUCUUUUAUAAGUUGUAUAAAUUACGGAAUUUUUAUAAAUACAUUACCAUUGUAUUUAGGAAGUUCGUUUCCUAACCAUUCAGGACACUGGUGUUUUAUGUAUCUUGCUACAUGAUUAUGCCAUCUAAACCAAAUUAUACCAAAAGUGAGAAGAAACGGAUUUUCAUUCCCUCUUGGAUUUCCUAGCUCUAGAACAUACAAUUGCACCAUAUUUACUUUAUUAAUUGUUCACAAUGCACUCUUUGUACUCCUUAAGAAUUAAAAUAUUAUCAAAUAUAUCACAUAUUUCUCAAAGGAAAUUCUAUAGAUCUAUCACAAAAAUGAGUGUAAGAGAUGCAUUAAAUUCAGCUCUCGAUGAAGAAUUAGCAAGAGAUGAAAAAGUAUUUAUUUUGGGGGAGGAAGUUGCACAGUAUGAUGGUGCAUAUAAAGUAACAAGAGGGCUCUGGAAAAAAUAUGGGGAUAAAAGAUUAAUUGAUACACCCAUAACAGAAGCAGGAUUUUGUGGUUUAGCUAUUGGAGCAGCACUCGGUGGUUUAAAACCAAUAUGUGAAUUUAUGACAUUUAAUUUUUCAAUGCAAGCUAUAGAUCGUGUAAUAAAUGGCGCAGCUAAGAAUUUAUAUAUGAGCGCAGGAAAAUAUGGUGUACCCAUUGUGUUUCGUGGUCCAAAUGGUAAUGCUAAAGGUUUAGCUGCACAACAUUCUCAGUGUUUUGCUGCAUGGUAUAUGAGCGUGCCUGGUUUAAAAGUUAUGUCACCUACAACCUGUGAAGAUUACAGGGGAUCUUUGAAAGCUGCUGUCAGAGAUCCUGAUCCAGUUAUACUUUUAGAAAGUGAAUUACUUUAUAAUAUCGAAUUUCCUGUAUCGGAUGAAGUUAUGGAUAAAGAUUUUAUGAUACCUAUUGGUAAAGCUAAAAUUGAAAAAUCGGGUAACCAUAUUACUUUAACAUCACAUGGUCAAGCUACUCUCUAUACAAUGCAAGCAGCUGAAAUUCUAGCAGGAGAAGGAAUAGAAGCAGAAGUUAUUAAUUUACGUUCUCUUAGACCAUUAGAUUGGGAGACAAUUUUUAAGUCGGUUACAAAAACCCAUAGAUUAAUGACCGUAGAAUUGGGAUGGCCUAUUUGUGGAGUGGGUUCUGAAAUAGUGGCUACAGUAAUGGAAAAUCCAAUAUUUUUUCAACUUGAUGCACCGGCUGUUCGUUGCACAGGUAUUGAUGUACCUAUGCCAUAUGCAGAAAAUAUUGAAUACGAGUGUACACCUAAAGAUCAUCAUAUUGUAGAUUUUGCUAAGAAAGUUUGUGGUAUGAAAAUAUAAAUCUGUUAUUUGUCUUUCAAAUAAAAUUUUACUUACUAAAAAAUCGUUCAACUUUCUCUGUAUGAUGCUGUG